UGGCCACAAGGCAAGAUGCUGAAAAUCGUGUUAAAAAAUUAACAUUUCAAGUUCUUCAUCCAAAAGAUAAAUUACCAAGGUUCUUUCCUGGAGAUUAUAUUGAAAUUAUGAGUUAUGUUAAUAAACAUGUGGUAAUUAGACCAUAUACCCCAUUACAAGGACCUACUGAUAAGACAUUUACGGUCUUAGUUAAAGUUUACAAUGAUGGUGCCAUGUCUCAACAUUUGGAUAAACAAUUGAGGAAUUUUGAAAUAGCGGUUAGAGGGCCAUUUGAUAUAGCUGAAAGAAUGAGUAUACAAUCAUCAUUAUCGCCAACAAACGUGUUUCCAACUUCACCAACGAUUGGGCCAACUAGUCCAAAUUUAGUACGUAGAGGAACAACAACAUUAAUGAGACAAAAUAGUGUAAAUAAUGUUGUUAUUAACCCACAUCAUAGUUAUCACACAAGUAAUUUCGGUUUAGACAGCGUUUUCGGUGAUGAAAGUCGUUCCUUAUAUGGUACUAUUAGUAAUAGUGGUGCUGGACAAUCUAGAAUAUUAUUAAAUCCUGCUAGAGGAGAUCAAUGUUGGGAUACUUUGUUCAUGGUUUGUGGUGGUACAGGUUUAACUCCUAUGUUACAACUGAUUCAGUAUCAUUUUGAUAAUGCAGAUAAUUUCAAAUCAAAUUUCAAAUUACAUUUACUCUGCGCAAAUACACAAAUAGCAGACAUAAUUUCAAUGAAAUACUUAGAUUUCCUUGCAUCAACAUCGGAUGGUAAACUUACAGUAACUCAUAUUUUAACAAAACCUCCACCAAUAUGGAGAGGAUUAACCGGCCAUAUUGAUGAUGAUAUACUUUUUAACUGGAUUUCAAAAAAUUAUCAAGUACCACCUCCAGCAAUACCACCAAGAAUCAACGUACCUAUAACACAACCUACUAAUAAUUAUCAAGUACAAAAUCUAUCACAAAAUUCAUUGCAAGAUCCAUCAUUACAGCCUCAAAUGUUAUUAACAACAUCAUAUAGCCCACCACCAAUUGUAAAUAAUUACCCUACUGCACCAACACCUCCACCUAUAGAUGAUAAUUAUAAUUGGCAAAUGAGAAGAGAUACUUUGCCUUUUGCAUUUAGUUCUAAUGAAAUGAGCAUUUUAUCCGAAAGACAAGAAUUUAUGAGAAUGUUAAGUCAAGAUACUACUCAAGCUUGUAAAGUUAUUGUUUGUGGUCCUUAUGGUAUGAUGGAUGCAGUUAGAAGAUCUUUAGAGAGAAUUGGUUUUCCUGUUGAUACAAAAGUUUUAUUCAUUCAGUAAAAUUAGUAAUUAGAUCAGAUCAUUAAUAGAAAUAAUUUGUAUAUUAUAUUAUAUUAAUUUACUUUUUUUUUUACUUUUUUAUACAUAAAAAAAAAACAAUAGAUAGAUUUUAUUACAAGUAAAAAAAAAAAAU